AUGAGAGAGAAAUAUAGAGAGCGAGUGGGAGCGAGAGUGGCUGGGCGGGAGCGAGGGAGAUAUGGUGCGAAUGGUGGCUAUGGUAGGGUGCAGGAGAAAGGGAAUAUCACUUCCUACGUCUUCACAAACUUCCCUGAGGAGUGGGAUGAGAAGAGUAUGUGGGGAGUAUUUCAGAGGUAUGGGAGAGUGUGGGCGGUAUUCAUUUCGCCGCGCCGGGAUAGGAGAGGUAAAAGGUUUGGGGUUGUGCGUUUCAUGAAUGUGCAAGAUCCGAAGCAGUUUGAAUGGAAGCUGGAUGGCAUCAUCAUUGGUUCCACAAAGCUUCACGUCAAUAUCCCGCGAUUCAUUAAGGGGGUGAAGGCUACGCCAAUUCCGUUGGGGUCCAAUCAGAAACAGGAUGCUUGGAGGAAGGAUGAUCGUGUAGGGGGUCAUAAGAAGCCUUUGACAGUGCCUACGAGGUCAUAUGCCCAAGUUGUGACUGACAAAAGUGUGAAAUCUACUUCUGACAGUAAGUGCAGCUCUAUGGGGGAUGAUCUUAGGGGUGUGCCAGUUGAGACUUGGACAGGUCCACCUGUUCCUGCUGUAGAUGAUUGGUUACGACGAAGCCUGGUGGGAGUGCUCAAAAACCCGGAAUGGAUUACUUCAGUGCAGGAUGCUUUUAUCCUGGAGGGUUUUCAUACUAUUCAGGUCAAAUAUUUGGGAGAUGAUUUGGUUCUUUUAUCUGGCCCUGAGGGUGUGGAUCUCGAACAGGCUUUAGCUGGGGCGAAGGAAUGGAUUGAGGAAGUGUUUCAGGUUGUUUAUACAUGGUCGCCGGCGGUGGUGUUGGAUCAUCGUCUAGCUUGGGUGCGAUGUUCUGGUCUCCCGAUUAAUAUGUGGACUCGGAAUUGUUUGGCUCAUUUGGUACUGCCGGCGGGAAAUUUGGUGGCUGUGGAUGAGGCGACUACGUCUUUAUCCAGGUUGGAGUUUGCGCGGGUGCAGGUUCAAACAUCAAGUUUGGGGUUGAUUUCUAACUUUCGGAAAAUCAAUGUCAAUGGAACAGUGUACACUGUGCGUAUCAUUGAGGAACUUGGGGGCGCUGCCCCGGUGGCUGGCGAAAGUUUGGUACCUUCGACGGGCGGAGAGUCCAGUGCUUUGGGGUGGUCUGAGAAAGAUGCAGACGACGAGGUAGGCACGGUGCUUUCUGACGUGGGUGGUGAAGGGUCGCCGGUGUUGGUUGGAGGUGGUUUACGUGCAGCAAUCAACGGGAAUAAAAUCAAAUUUUGA